CCAAUGGAUACUGGCAAAUUAGAAUGAAGCUGGAAGACCAAGAAAAGUCUUCUUUUAUAACUAAGCAGGGUACUUAUGCCUUUAAGGUUAUGCCCUUUGGGCUAUGCAACACCCCAGCAACAUUUCAACAGAAAUACUUAAUGCACAUCACAAGGGUCCUUGCAAAGCUAGAAGCAGCAGGGUUAAAGCUAAACCCUAAAAAGUGUAAAAUGCUUAAAAAUAAUAUUACCUUCUUAGGCCAUAUAGUAGGAAAAGAAG